AUGCUAGUAAACGAGCAUCUUAAGACUCAAGAUAGCGAGAACCGAUCGCUGAAAGAAGAAGUGUCAUUCUUGAAGCAGACGUUGGCCAAACAGACACGUGAACAGAGCGAGAUGUUCCACUAUUUCCACGGCAAAACGGACGAACAUCAGCGAGAGCGCGUAUCAGAGCUCGGUAAAGCCCAACAGGAGGUGGCGGUUGCUAAAGAAGAGCUACGACAAGUGCACGCCUUCGCACAAGCCAAACGCGAACUGGAGGCGCAUACUCGCGGUCUAGAGACAAAGCUGGAUGUGCAACGUGCUGCGUUCCAGACCAAAAUGCAGGAUUUAGAACGUCAUAAUCUGCUGGAACAAGCUCGUAGCAAACAGGAGCUGCUUGGUCGGAUGCAAGCUGCGAAAGCCGAGCUGAUGCUGCGAACGAACGACCAAGUGGCGUCUACGACCCAUCGGACGUUGCUAGAGAACGAGCAUUUCACUCACGAGCUGGCGUUCCAGAGUCGAGAGACUGAGAAGCUUCUUGCGCGACUGGAUGAGUCUCAACAGGAAGUGGCAAAGCUGCGAGCGCAGAAUAACAUUCUGGAAGAGAGCGAGCAUUUGAUGGCCAAGAAGAACCGCUACUACCAGAAAAUUCUCGCAAAAUUGCAACAGCCAAAGGCGUCAGACGACAGCACUGUCCAGUUACAAAUUGGCAGCUUACUUGAAAUUGAGACUCAGCUGCAACGAGCAAUGCAGUGGCUACGCGUGUUCCAACGCGAACGGCAGUUUUUAUUGACACAACAGGACGAGGUUAUUCAGUUCCUUUACCAUAAACGUGUCGAAGAACUCAUUCAACUCGCCCCUAGUACAACAACGAUGGAGGCUUUGGGUCGUCGAAUUCUCUCGUCUCGACCAGCUCUAGACGAGUUAUCAUCCAAGGAUGCUCAUGAAGUUCUGCUGUUCCUACUAGAGAAGCUUCGUCUCUAUCAAGUUCGGAUUGCUGCAGUCUACCCGAAUGGUUCCGCUGCUUCUAGCCCUGCCAAACAAACGUUGGCGCGUCAAUUAGGUGUAGAGCUGCCACCUAUUACGAGUCCUACCAAUUCUAGGCAACACCCCUCAUCGAUCAAGCAGAAACGACGUGUGUUUGCUCAUGUGGCUGCAGCAGUGGAUGCUGGCAACGCCGACCACAAGCCCCCCUGA